CGCCCGCCCGCCUAGCCCUUCUCAUGGCCGAGGAGCCGGAUCCCGAAGCCGCCGUUGCCGCCUUGCGCAGCGCGGAGGAAGGCAGCUCAGCCCAGAGAACCAGCGAUCAAUACCGGGUGAGCCAGGACUUACCUGCCCGGUUCAACCACCCGGGAUGGUUUCGAGGUUACAGGAAACAGGCUGGCCGAGAAUGUCGGACCAGCUUCCAUGUCAGCCCUCAUGCCUUCUCCGAUCGUCUCAUCAAGUUCGGCAUGUACAGGAACUAUGGCAUCAACACCGUCAUGGAAAAAAGCUACGUGACCGGUCCCGACAACUUCAUCACUUUCCUGGAUACCCUCAACUUCCACCCCAGUUACCGAACUAAAGGACCUUCCCUUUCGGAGUAAGGGGCACCGGAAGACUUCCUGCUCUCCUUUAGCUUUUCACCAUUUUAAUGACCAGACUAAAAAAAAAAUGAUUCCUCGAUAUGAAGAAAUGUUUGCAAUGUUCCCCCUUCCUUGGAAAUUUCUUUUCAAAGGUGACCUGCAGCAACAGAGACUUCAAAAUGCUCCUACCGGAUCCUGGCUUGUAGCUUGCAAAAAAUCUUAGCCUCUUUCUUAAUAUGAUGAGCAUGUUAGAGCAACGUUACCUGCCUUAAACAUGUUGGGAAUGGUCCUGUC